UAUCAUCAACACGGAAGCCGUUCCUGUGGUCCUCACUUGCCCUGGCACCUUGGCACCGAUCCACCCCGAGGAGGAAAUCUGUCCUUUUUCUCCCUUUUCACCAACCUCGCCUGCUUUUUUUCCAGCCCUGAACCUUUAACGGAGAUAUCCGGAACACUACAAUGCUCUCGCCGAGGUUCCUGCUGCUGCGGUCGGCUGCGUCCUUGGCGACCAGGUCGUUCUGUGUGGGGGGCGUGUCGAGGUCGGGCCGGGCGCCGGACAUGGCUGCAGGAAAUCCACUUUUACACGUGUCUAAUGUGAGGAACCGGCUGAGAGAAAUCGUGGGAGCUUCCACUAACUGGAGUGACCACCAGCAGGCCAUGGCGGAGCGCGUGUCGCUGUCGUCCAUGUUGGCCAAGUCUCAGAAAGAUCUUCCAGCCCGGAGGAUGAAGGACAGCUACCUGGAGGUUCACCUGCCUCUGGGCUCCGAACCACAGCUCAGAGAGAAGUACCUCACCUUCCACAACACUGUCAGGUUUGGUAGAAUCCUGGAGGACUUGGACAGUUUAGCAGUCCUCAUCUCCUACUCUCACACCUACAACCAGGAGCUGAAGAGAUCUCCUCUGUCCAUCGUCACCGCGCUGGUCGAUAAGAUCGACAUGAGGCAGCACGUCAUCUAUCCUGACUGCGACAUCAAGUUCACCGGUCAUGUGACCUGGGUGGGAUCCACUUCUAUUGAAGCCAAGAUGCACAUGUCACAGUACCGAGACGGAGCUUAUGCACCAGUUCUGGAUGCGACAUUUGUCAUGGUGGCCCGGGAUCCAGAAAACAAGAGAGCAGCUUUUGUGAAUCCUCUGAGCCCUGAAGGUCCAGAGGAGGAGGAACUCUUCCAGCAGGGAGAAGCUAAUAAAUCCCGGCGUGUGGACCUGAGCACGGCGUCGCUGCUGAAGGUGGCGCCGACGGACGAGGAGAGGAAGAUCGUACACAGCCUGUUCCUCCACACGCUGGACACAAAGACGGUUAGUUUCCGCAGCAGAAUUCUGCCUCCGAACUCCGUGUGGAUGGAAGACGCCAAACUGAAAGGACUGGAGAUCUGCCACCCUCAGGAGAGGAACAUCUUCAACAGGAUAUUUGGAGGUUUUCUGAUGAGGAAAGCUUACGAGUUGGGCUGGGCCAACGCCUGCUCCUACGGAGGCUGUCGGCCCAGUCUGGUGGCUGUUGAUGAUAUCCUCUUCCAGAAACCCGUCGAUAUCGGCUCCCUGCUGCUGCUCUCAUCACAGGUGUGUUACACUCAGGGUAAAUACAUCCAGGUGAGAGUUCACAGCGAGGUGUUCGACCCUCUGAGCCGCCAACACAACACCACCAACGUCUUCCACUUCACCUUCGUCUCCGACCGCGACGUCCCCAACAUCAUCCCCAUGACCUACGGAGAGUCGAUGCUUUACCUCGACGGGAAGAGACACUUUAAUCAGACUGUGGAGAACUGAGAGCAACAUGUCUGCUGCUGUCUGCCAGAGCCUUUCUGUGU